AACAACAACUUCACCACAACAAGUGCCUUCAUUCAUUAAAUUGAAUUUUUUAUUUUCAAUUAAUGUUUUGUUUUAGUUUUUACUAUAAUCUAGUUAAUUAAAAAGAAAAUGAAAGCUGUAACAAUAAAUUUAACUUUGUUAUUAAUUGCAGUAACAAUAACAGGUUCCUGGGCUAUACGCUGUUAUCAGUGUUCCUCGGAUCAAGACCGUAAGGGUUACGAUAGCUGUGGAGCCUAUAAGAAGUUUAAUCGCACUGAACACAUACCCAUCGAAUGCAACAGCGAUGAAUCGCACAUGCCUGGCUCGUUUUGUAUGAAGGUGGUGCAACAGGGUCCCAGAGGUUUUAUAUGGGAUGGUCGCUGGCGUCAGGUUAUUAGACGUUGUGCCUCUGUGGCUGAUACUGGUGUUACGGGUGUCUGUAACUGGGGAGUCUAUGAAAAUGGUGUUUAUUGGGAGGAAUGCUAUUGUUCCAGUGACAGCUGCAAUGGUUCUACAUCAUUGAGUGUUUCUAAAACCUUGUGGGCUUUGAUUUUACUCUUUGGCGCCUUGGUGUUUUCUAAAUUUUUACGGAAUUGACAAAUGAAUUCCACAUAGACGUAUUAUUCAAAUCAAGCUCUUAUUAGUUUUAACACAUACCGUCCAUUUUACACAAAUUAGUAUGUAGUUUUUAAAAUCGUUUUUUUUUUAUACAACAAUUUUAUUUUAUAUUGAAAACAACGAGUAAUUAAGAAUCUCAAAAUAAAGUUGAAAAAUACAUAUCGAA